CACAUUAGGCAAUUCUGCAAUCUUAUUUAAGGAAAUAAUGAAGCACAUUAAUAAUGUAUUUAUUGUGGUUUAAUAAAAAGCUUAUUAUAUAUUUAGAUGGACCAACCUAUUUCUCUAAGGAUUCUAAAAAUCAUUCUAGUGAUGACACGUGACUACAAAAAAAAUGUUGCAAUGCUUCUCAAAUAAUAUAUAGGAAAUGUCUUGAGAAUUAGUACAAAAACUAGUCUGUUGGUUGGUACUAUCUUAAUUUUUGGUGGGUUCUAUCUAUAAGUUCUUUUGGACUUUUUAUGUCAUCUAGUGAUGAUUUUUAUAGGGUUAUUAACUUUUUUUUAAAUUAGUUAUUUGAACUUUUCUUAUUAUGACUUGAAACUAAACUGUGUUAAAAAAAAUAAAGAGGUGGACGCAUUACCAACCUCCCGAAAAAAGCAAGUAAGUGGUGGGUUGCGCGCUACGUACGGUUGUAGACGGAGAUGAUGAGGAAGAUCGAUUGCCUUGGAACCAGAAACCCCUUGUGAGGACUUGCUUGUCGCCAUGAAGAGAUGAGGUUAGGAGUUGGAGAGAUGGAGCGAAACCUGGCUCGUACGGUUUCAGGUCUGGUCCGUCUGGAUAGUGCUAUGAGAAGAAGGGAAGAGAUCCUGGAAGAGAGAAGUAAAGUGGCGGUCACGCCAUCGUAAGAGCAGUUUCUGCUGGCGAAGAAUUUCAAUAUCAAAGACUCAACGUGUUUUUAAAUUGAAUAAGUGGUGUUUAUUUUUAUGGUUCUUUUUAAAAAAGGGUCAAAACAUGGUAUCUUACUUUGAUGCAAUAAUGAAAUAAAAACGUAAGGUAAUAGGAGUGUUCUAUGGCUUUCAAUUCUCGAGUAUUGUUACUCCGAAACUAGGUUAUAAUUUUUCUUACAUGAUUAACUUCUCAGUCUAACGAGUUUUUUGUUUGGUUCUUCAGCUUAAAGACUUAAUUGGUUAGCCAAAGUAACUACACUAAGUAAUUGUAUAGAUAAUAAACAUGGUAUCAACUUCUUUUUAUAGAGAUCCUUUUUUCCUCUCUUAAGUUGGGUUUUAAGGAGAUGAAGUCUACAGUCCCGCGUAUAAUAAACAUUAAACAAAUAUCUAAAGAAAUAUGUUUUAUAUACAAAUGUCAAACUAUAUAAAAUGUUAUGUAACCAAACACGCUAAUAUCAAAUAAUGUUCAAUUCUAUGAAUUAAAUAAAUUUGACCUUUUAACUAGGUUGAUACAACAUUCAAGUAGUGAACAUAAAAAACUCGAUUGAUGCAAGUAUAAUAAUGAUUACUAACUUGGCUAAUGAAAUUGUGUGGCCUCUCCGUAUGAUUAUCGGCCAUUGUGUUUGUUUGACCUUUGAACUCGAAUAAUCAAUGUAAUGGGAUAAAAUCAAACAUAAAGAUUUGCACGUGCAGACUUGAAGCACAGAUUAUAACAUCUGACGAGUGACUGUCGUAUGCGUUAAGUUACUUUAGGUCACAUAGAAUUAUAGAAUUAUCUUUUUGGGUCCAAUUCAAUAAUAAUCCAAGUCCAAAAUCUAUGUUACACAUGUUUAGAGCAUACAAUAAACAACUUCACAUUCCUUUAGAAAGUUACUUAAAGUCUUAAACCCUAUUUUUAGAAGCCAUUUAAAAAAGAUUGAUUAUGCCGACAAUUAACAUAUUUGUGAAUAAAACAAAGUCAAACUCGCAUUCCUGGGCGUACGGAAGUAAUCCACCGUUGAUUUGUUUUUUUUUUGGAUUUCGGUGUUAUGUUUAUAAAAUUCAGGUUUUACUAAUUAUAAGUUGGAUUAGGUUCACAUCAAAUUAUAACCAAUGUCUGAAAUUGUUCAAAAUAACUUUUUUUAAAAAAAUUAAAAUUAACAAAAAAGUACUCAAAAUAUAUUAAUUAUUUAAAAAUCUAAUUAAAAACUUGUUCAAUUACAUAAACUAACUCAAAAGUAUUCAAAAUAAAAAAUAAAAUAAAUUACAAAAAUAUUUAAAAUACUUUUAAAUAUCUAAACCACCUUAAUAUAUAUUAAAACAUUAACAUAUUUAACUAAUUUUAGAUAUUUAUGGAUCUUCAUUCGGAUUUUAGUUUGAUUUGGGUUGUAUCGGAACCCGAAAGUACCAAGUUUUUAAGUUAUUGGUUUGGUUUUGUCAGUUAAAACGUCCAGGCCUAAUGUCAACCCACCUAAUCAUAAAAUAAAACAUCGCUCACGCCAUCCACUUGAUGUUUUCUAUAUCAGCUGGGAAGUUAAUGAUUAUUUUAAUUAGAUGGCGUCAAAGAAACAGAUCAUUCUUUGGGAAAAUUACAGUUUAUUAAAAUCAAGUUGUUGCUAUGUAUGUAAUGGAGGUCCAUUAAUUAUUACAUCCUAAACUUCUUAGUAUUUUCAUAUAUACUUUCUGAUAAGUGCUUUCAUAUUGAGUUUGUAAUUAAUAUAUGUUUUUGACCAACCAACAGUUAUAUUGUAUUUAAUUAUCGUCAUAUCCACGACCUUUUUGUGUGUAUACAUACAGGCGUAGAUGAUCCACAACAUUUGCAUAUUAUAGCUUAAAACAAUACAAGAAACCUCAAAUUCAACCCAAUCCAAACCUUUUCUUUUGUUUAAACGGUGAGAAAUUCAAUGAAGGCUGAAUACGAUCUUGAUCACCUUCCUCAUCAAAGCUUUUAUGGAGAUUAUUCAAAAACAUUGGUACCCUUGAACAAGAACUCCCAAAUAGUUACCAAGAUCAAGCCUAGGAUCCGAAUCAUCCAUAUAUUUGCGCCGGAGAUUAUUAACACCGACGUCAAGAACUUCCGUACACUCGUCCAAAGUCUGACCGGAAAACCGGAUAUCACCAAAACCGGUUCUAGGAAAAAGACAAGAAGAACGAAUAUUCACGCGCCACCGCCUCCACCUCAAGAAUCAGGCAAAGAACAUACGGCGGAGCAUGUUAACAUGAUUAUAGGGAGCCAUGUGGUGAAGGAAGAAUGGGGAUCAGGUUCAAACACAAACACUUAUUUUGAUUUAGAUGGUUUGAUUGAUCUUGAUGAAGACAACAUAUUCUCAAGUCGAUGGUUUUGAUCUUCAACAGCAAUAAAUAAACUCCGUCACUGGUCCCACCUUGCCCUAAACUCUAGGGGUUCUA